GAUUUCGUCCAUGGAUCUUUCCACCGUCUCAUCCAACAGUCCUUUCGUACAUUAUUUCAAUGUUGCUGCCACUCUCCGAAAGAGUUUUGUUGUUGUGAUACGGCGGAAGCUCGAUCGUGUAUGCGUUCCAUAUAUCGUUAUACAUAAUUACCCAUUAUCAGUUAUCGCUAUCGUGAUGGAUGUGUGUUAGAAAAUCGACGGGAAAAAAGUGAGAGUGCCCGGAAAAACAACCACGUGGACCGUUAAAACUGUGUUUCUCGCUUUUUUCUUGGGUCAUUCGUUUUCCAAAUAAAUACCGCUUGCAACUGAUUAAACCACUUUGUGUUUUCGGGUUCAUUUUAACAUUUUUGUCUCGUGGAGGCGCAUUCCUGGGAAAAUACCGCGCAAACAUGGAUUUGUGGAUGCACGAUGUGGUUUGUAUGAUGGCUGACCCUGGGACUCCUUCAGAUGUUACCUCUGGAGGGGUUUCGCACAUCAAAAAGGAGAUGGAAGCCGCGUUCACAGAAUGCUCUCCUUCAAAUAGCGAUAUCUAUUCACCUUCAACGACAACCGUAAUACACGAUGUCGGGAUAGAUUUCAGCGAUAGAUUAAGCCAGCAGCAAUAUGAGAGGAAAAUUCGUUGUUCAACAAGUCCUGAACGACAAUAUUGCUCUUCGACCACGCAACCUCACAUGGACUCAGGAUUAGGAAGUGUAGAUGAUAAUACAAAAGAAGAUAUACCUCGAAGAUUAUGCCUUGUUUGUGGAGAUGUAGCUUCCGGUUUCCAUUACGGGGUGGCAUCGUGUGAAGCGUGUAAGGCAUUUUUCAAAAGGACCAUCCAAGGAAACAUAGAGUACACCUGUCCAGCCAAUGGGGAAUGUGAGAUUAAUAAAAGGAGACGAAAGGCAUGUCAGGCAUGCAGAUUUCGGAAGUGUCUCCGUUCGGGAAUGCUGAAAGAGGGCGUACGACUCGAUAGGGUCCGAGGAGGAAGACAGAAGUACCGCAGAAACCCUGACAUGCCAUAUCAAAUACAGGUUGUUUCGGCAAGACCCAGUCUUGCUUUAGAAGAUAUAAAAUUAUUAGACAUUCUUGCACAAUGUGAACCGGAUGUAUUAGAUAUGAAUACAGCCCUAGAACCGAGCAAACAUCGUUUCCUUUCAAUUCUCAGUGAUUUGUAUGAUCGUGAACUUGUAAGCGUCAUCGGCUGGGCGAAACAGUUACCCGGAUUUACUGACAUGUCUCUGAACGAUCAGAUGCGAAUGCUUCAGAGCACCUGGGCGGAAAUUUUAACCCUCACGCUUGCAUAUCGAAGUCUACCUCUCCUGAGUCUUGGACGUCUUAAAUUCGCCUCCGAUUUUACUAUGGAUGAAAGACAAUGCAGGGAUUGUGGAGCAGGAGAAUUAUACCAAACAUUUACUCAUAUAGUGGAGAGAAUAGAUAACCUUUCGAUUUUAAAAGAAGAGUACUACCUCAUGAAAGCCCUAGUUUUAGCCAACUCUGAUGCCCGAUUAGACGAGUAUCAUUCUUUGAAAAAGUUUAGGGAUUCCAUUGUUAUUUCACUAAUUGAUGCAGUUGGAAUUCUUAGGCCUUCGACUGCAUUUUUUCAUACACAGCAAUUAUUACUGUGUAUGCCAGCACUAAGGCAGGCAGAUCAGGUGGUGCGAAAGUUUUGGAUUGAUGUCCAUCAUCAGGAUAUUGUGCCAAUGAACAAACUAUUUUUAGAAAUGCUGGAAGCGUACAAUCGGUAGCCUUACUGUCAUAACAGAAUAUAAUUAACUUUCACAAGAUCUAUAUUGCGAUCGUCGGAUUUUUGUGCAAUAAUAUUUAUUGACAAACGCAAAAAUCAAACCCUACCUUUGUCUGUCCAUUUAUAAGAAAAAGAAGUAAUGUUUUUUUUAUAUAUAAAUGUACAUGGAAAAUUAAUGCAUACUAUGAUAUUGCCCAUGUUUCGUGGAUGUCGUCUUAAUUUUUUAUCUCGAAGUUUAUUUUUUUAUUAAAACUUAGUAAAUGCUAUAGAAUGAAAAAUUUUAUUUAAAGUUUGAGCCUACUUUAUUUUUAGCUCUGCUUAAGUUUGUUAUUUGGUUGUGGAUAUUUAACUUUUUAUUUUUUUCAAAAAUUGGCAAUUUUAUUUUUAAAGUUGAAGUUUGUGUUGCUGUUUUUAUAUUUAAUUUACAAACAUAAGACGAUAUCCAUACACUAUCAAACUCUAACGUAUAAUUAAGAACAACCCAGUGAUAGCUAAAUGUAGAAGAUUACUUAGUUAUUUUGUAAAUAUUAUCUAGAAAAGAAUUUAUUUUACAAAUAAAUUUUAUUAUAUCGUGUAACAAGGCAAGUUAGAUAAAUAAAAACCACAAAAUAGAAGUA